CCGUGGGCUCCUCAAACUUAUAUCAACGGGCAGAACAGGCUCCCUUCCCACGUGUGGUGUCUUCCUUCUGAUUGAAUAGUCGAUCAAAGAGUCAUAAGAAACACUGAGUGUUUUCGAGCACUUUCUGAUACAUAUCUGGCCUCUAGCAGAACCACAAUAACCAUCUGGCAAGAGUUGGAAAUACUGGUGCCUAAGACAGCACACGUCGCAAGCUUUCCAACGACGUUAUGGCGAACCGAACCAUCGCAUUUCACUUCCGAACAAUUGGAUUUGUUCCCCGAGCGCCGAUUCAGACAAUAGCAAGAAGCAGAAGAUAUGCGACGGAGCAUCCACCUUCCACCUCCCCGCCCCCACCUCCACGAUCCGAACCACGGGAGCCCCAGUCAAGAGCUGGUGCCUUUUAUAAAUCAUUUGCUUCCCCAAUAGUGAAAUGUUUUCUCGGUGCGCUCUUCACAUACCAAGUCACGUAUUGGGGGUGGAUGAAACUGGAAACACUGGAGGAGAAACGAGGCUACGAUGACGAGAUCAGAGAUUUAAAGGAUCAGCUCAAGGUCGAAGUCGUUAAGCAAAUUGAGGCAACGAAAGGGAAAAUCGAGACACACGUUCCUGGAGAGAUGAAGGAACAAGUCGGAGAAAGUAGUAAAAAGAAAGGAUGGUUGUGGUAGGGCGAGCUUCCCGAGAGAACACCCAAACAGAACAAGAAGACCAGUUAUACCCAUAAUAUUCCGGAAUGAAUGUAUUAAUACUGUGUAUACAGAGAUACUUAUAUUGAAACACCAGCGAAUGUACUAAGUUGCGUGGGAAUGAUAAAUAUAUUGGUG